AUGCUCUCCAAGGAACCAGCUCUCUUGUAUCCUUACAUCAAGCUAUCGCCUGGCACUCUUAUAUCGGAAGAUGAGCCCAAACCAACCCUCUUCACUCCUCUUCAAAUCAGAGGCCUCUACCUGCAACAUCGCAUCGUUGUGUCACCUAUGGGAACAUUCAGCGCAAUAGAAGGCCACCUGACAGACUUUCAUCUCGUUCAUUAUGGCUCUUUCGCCAUGAAAGGUGCCGCACUUGUUAUUGUCGAAGCCACAGCCGUCGCACCUAAUGGACGUGUCUCAACCGGGGACUCUGGCCUCUGGAAUGAUAGUCAGAUUCCACCCUUAAAGAGAGUUGUUGACUUCAUCCAUUCACAGGGUCAGAAGGUGGGAGUUCAGCUGUGUCACUCUGGGAGAAAGGGCUCUAUGGUUCCGCCUUGGUUGGCAAAGGGUAACCCUAUGGAGUGGUUCCCACUUGCUACUGAGGAAGAAGGCGGAUGGCCUGAGGAUGUGUGGGCCCCAAGCGCUAUUUCCGCUGGACCUGGUUAUCCUAUGCCUAAGGAGAUGGGCCAACAACAGAUCGAUCUUGCUGUGAAUCAGUUUGCCUCUGCAGCCAAACGGGCGGUUGAGGCUGGAGUUGAUCUCAUUGAACUUCAUGGGGCUCAUGGAUACCUCAUCCAUGCUUUCCUAUCUCCUCUGACAAACCAUCGAAGUGACGAAUACGGAGGCUCGUUUGAGAACAGAACACGAUUUCUCUUCUGUGUUAUUGAUGCUGUUCGGAAGUCAAUCCCCGACACCAUGCCCUUAUCUCUGCGCAUCUCAGCCAUUGAGUGGAUGGAGUGGAGUGGCCAAGAGUGCUGGACUAUCGCAGAUUCAAUCAAGCUUGCAAAGCUUCUUCCCAAAGCGGGCGUCGAUAUUCUCGAUGUCUCUUCCGGUGGCAAUCAUCAUGAUCAGAAAAUCGACAUCCAUCCAUAUUAUCAGGUCGAUCUUGCUCACCAAAUUCGAGAAGCUAUCAAUGCGGAUGGCAUUGAGUUACUAAUUGCCGCCGUUGGGUUUAUCGAUAAUGCUGAAAUGGCAGAGAGAAUUGUUGGUGGCGAUCGAGUGUCUGACAUUGAAUCUAACGGUGCCAAUGGCAACGGUGCGAACAAUAAGCACCUUGAGCCACAGGCAGACCUGGUCCUGGUGGGGAAAGGAUUUCUGCGAGAUACGGAGUUCGUGCUGAACGCUGCAAGAAGCUUGGGUGUGAAGGCGCAGUGGCCUUUACAGUACCUGAAAAGUUACAAAUAG